AUGCCGAAGGAGGACGACCAGCUGGCCCAAGCCCGGGUGGCGGGCUACAGCGACGCCGGCCGCCCCCUGAGCCGCCUGCUGGAGAAGUACCGACUCAUGUGCAACGCGGCGCUGCAGGGCACGCAGGCUGACUUCACCAAGGCCCACAGGGAGGUGCUAGUCGACGCGUGCGCCGCAAAGGCGUUUCUGCUGGCCUCCCAGGCCAGGGAGCGCGCCAUCCUGUCCUCGAGGCGCAGCCUGGCGUCCGGCGGGGGGUUCUACGGGGAGCUGGGCUCUGAGGUUGAUCGGCAAAGGCAGAGCGCCAGGGAGGAGCUCGCGCUGGGCAGGGCGCGUGUGAAGGCUGCCAGGAGCGCCAAGAAGCGGCGCGACGAGAUCACGCUGCUGGACGCGUACGCGGCGAAGAGGCCGCGCGGGGGGGAGAACCGGAGGGAGAUAGCGGCGCUGGAGGACGAGAUAGGGAGGGUGGGACGGGAGGUGGGCGACCUGGAGGAGAGGAUCGAGCGGAGGGAGGGGCAGCUGAGGCGGCUAGUGGGGUCGUUGAACAGCCUGAGGGAGGAUGGGGAGAGGACGGGCGGGGCGCGGGGGCAGGGGGCGGGGAGCGCGGGCCGGGGCGCCAGGGGGCGGGCGGCAGAUGGCCUGAGCCGUCGGGGACAAUAA